UACAAUUACAUACAGCAUGUACUACUUGUGUUGAUUAUAGUAUUAAUAAGGGUAAAACUAUGUUAAUUAAAUUGUCUUGAGGUUAUAGUAUUAGUACAUGCUUCAAAUUUUGGUGGAAAAAAUUAUGUAGUACUGACAUUUCAAAUUGAAGGUGUGACCGGUGAGUGUCUGACAUGGACACAUGUGAUUACAUCUAAUCAUUUCCAUUUCUUUUUUCUUUCAAAUUAUCAAUGAUUUAGUGUUGUCUAUGUGCCAGUGUCGUUUCUAGUGUCUGUGUCGGUGCUUCAUAGGAAUCAAAUUGUGAAUCUAAUUGUCUGAAGGCUCCGACACUUCAAAUUGGAGCUGUGUCUUACAUGGACGCAUGUGAUUACAUUUAAUCACUUCCAUUUCUUUAAAUUAUCACUUGUGUAAUACUAAUACCUGCGAAUGUCGUUUCUAGUGUCUGUGUCCAUGCUUAUAGGAAGAAAGUGAGAUGCUGGUAUCAGUUUCGGUUCCAUUGCUUUAGGAAGGGUGGUCAGGUUGUUUUGAGGGGGGAAAUGGAGCAAGUAAUGGAGGCCGAAAAGCUUAUAUGAAAUAUUUGGAUAAUAUUUACAAGCAGAGUGACAUAUCGUGGUUUACUCCGGUGGAGAUUUUUAAGCCUUGGUAUGCCCAUGCUAUUGCCGAAGCCAUCAUGCGCACUGCAAACUUCUCUGUUCCUCUAAAAAUUUAUGAAAUUGGUGGUGGAUCAGGAACAUGUGCCAAGGGUAUAAUGGAUUACAUAAUGUUGAAUGCUCCUCCAAAAGUUUAUAACAGUAUGACUUACACCUCAGUUGAGAUUAGCCCUUCACUUGCUGAGGUGCAAAAAGAAACUGUUGCCGAAGUGCGCAGCCAUAUUCCAAAGUUCAGGGUAGAAUGUCGUGAUGCUUCUGACCGGAGUGGAUGGGGGGAUGUGGAGCAACAACCAUGUUGGGUAAUAAUGCUUGAGGUACUUGAUAAUCUUCCGCAUGAUGUUGUCUAUUCAGAGAAUCAAAACUCCCCAUGGAUGGAAGUUUGGGUUGAGAGACAACAUGACCGAGAAACUCUCAACGAGUUAUACAAGCCAUUGCAAGACUCACUUGUUACACGUUGUGUUGAGAUCAUGGACUUGGAUAAAACCAAAACAACACAAAGCGCUGCAGUAUCAACACUUAAAAGUAUCUGGUCUAAAGUUUACCCAAAACCACGUAGAUGUUGGUUGCCAACUGGUUGCUUGAAAUUACUUGAUGUUCUCCAUGAGGUGCUACCAAAGAUGUCUUUAAUUGCUUCUGAUUUUAGCUACCUGCCAGAUGUGAAGAUAGCCGGUGAACGAGCUCCAUUGGUUUCAACUAAAAAAGAAGGAAUCAGCACAGAUUACCAAGAUUAUAUGGAGGCUAAGGGUGAUGCUGAUAUCUUUUUUCCUACAGACUUUUGGCUUUUGGAACGGAUUGAUCAUUAUUGUUCUGGGUGGCUGAAACUUCAAGAUGAUAAUUCAUCAAAAAAAGGAAAGAAAAGGAGAACAAUUACGCUGGAAACAUCGGCUUUCAUGGAAGAGUUUGGCUUGCCCACAAAAACAAGAACCAAAGAUGGAUACAACCCACUCUUGGAUGACUUCAAGAAUACCAAAUUUUAUCUCAGUGUCCCCACUCACAAUACUAAGUAGAGGAUCAAUAGAUUCAACCCAGGUACUUCAUUCACAAGGAUCACAGGUUUUUUAUUUAUUUAAGAAUCACAGGCUUUUUGUUGAGAUUAUAGAUUAUAUUAGUUACGAGAAUUUCAGCAUUUCAUGAUUUGAGCAUAAAUUGGAUUUCCAGGCAUAGCAACAAUAUGUGAUUAUAUACCUGUAUACAGGCAAAUUUCCCCUGGGCAUUUGAUCUCCCUUUCUGAAGCCCCAUAAAUUGAAUAAUUUAUUUGAAAGAUAGAACAUUUAUAUAUAGGUGUAAGAAUAAACACAAGUGAAUAUUAUUUUGAUUCCUUGUGUAGGGUCCUAUCUGUUAUUAAUGUACACUGCUAGUUUUAAUCUGAAUUACACUAGGUUCCCUGAAUA